GCACAAUCUAACGUAACGUCGCGCGCCACCCAGUAUCGUUUGUGAAUUGCGCGGAGGCGGUACACAUUUACUCUAUUCUCUGUAUUAUAUUUUUCUCAAAACAUUUUUUAAAAUUACUUACACAAUAACUUUAAGUACAUGAAUGUAUAUCAAAAAAAAAAUCAAAAUGUUUGUUGAAUAAUUAUUCAUAUAUGUAACUGUGUCAAGAUAAAUAGUAAACAGUAAAUUUAAAUUUGUUUUAUAAAAGUUGUUUUAUGGAUUGAGAAAAAUGAACAUAUAUUUUGAGUGGAUCGAUAAUACUACGGUAUCAAUUGUCUGAUAAUAUAACUUUUAAAUAAUUAUCUGUUAAAAUAGUGAUAACUUAUUUAGAUUUAUUACUUAAAUUUUUUUUACUCUUCGUUUAAAUAAACUUUAGGUAUUUUUUGAAUUAUUCCUGUAUCUUAUCAUACCAGGGUCGGUGCUGUAAUCAGUACAUUUAGCCUUGUAUGAUUUUUUUUAUUAAUGAAUGAAUGAAUGAAUAAAUAAUUAAUUAAUUAUAUUUUUCAAAAAAUAUAACGACGGAAUUUUGUUUAAAAAAUUUUUAAUUAUUUUAUGAGGGUUCAAUUUAUGGCACAAUAAAUAUUUUAGAUAAUUAGUAGCAUUUGUGUACAUAAAGUAUUGAGUUUGCACAGCUUAUGUGUGAGAAAAAAAUAGUCUGUGUGUAGAGUUUAGUGCGAGAGAUAGACGUUGAUAAAGACCGAUAAGAAUAUAAUUAGAAUUUUAAAUAGUUAAAUUUUACUGAGUUUUUUUUUCGAUAACUACUUUGAGUUGAUACUGUAAUUUAAUUUUUUAAUAUUGUUAUUAUCAGUGUGUGUUGUUUAAUUAUAUGUAGAAAAAAAUAUGUAGAUAUAUGAGUAAAUUUGUAAAAAGUUGAAUGACUAAUCAAAAAUGUACUGAUUAAAAAAUUGUAAGAAAAAAAUACGGAAUAGAAGGAAAUAAAAUGUUACUGUAAUUUAUGAACUUGAAAGUGAUAUGAUGUAAAUAAAUGAGUGAUAUAAAAAUAUAUAAAUUAAGUUAUUGGAUUGUAAAAUAAAAGAAGAAAGAUUUUUGUAAACUGAAAUGGAUUCAGUAGCAGUAACAGUACCGUUGCGUCCACCGACUAAAAAAAUGAAGAAACGCAAAGAGUUAGAUGCCUUGGCUCCGUCACAUGUCAUAUCGCGACGAGUGUCUGGAAAACGCAGCUCUCAGGAACUGCUGACGGACAGCAGCGAUGACCGGUCAGAAUAUUGGAACGUGUCGGUGAGAGGAAACCGCAAAACAGCAGCGCGAAGAAAUCGUUCUUGUCCAGGUCUACUUAAAGCUUGCAGUGCAUUUUUUGGGUGCGCGUCGUUAUUAGCGACAGCGAGUCUCAUUUGGUUGUUUAUUGAUGUCCGUCAACAGCUCACCUCACUCAGAACGGAAGUUGACCAAGCAAUUGCUGGUAGUGAAGGUGUACCAGAUGCUUUACAAAAAUGUCAUUCCUUGUCUAAAGAUUUACAAAAUAAUCAAACUUUGUUGUUUUCACAAUUGUCUGACGUUAGAGUUCAAAUUACAAAUUUUACAAUCCAGCUGACAAACAUACAACAAGGACUUCAUCAAGUCCAAGAGCUACUCCAUGAUACACCCGAGCUAACGAACGUACCAAAAAAAUUAAAAGACAUCAGUUCAAGUGUAGCGACUUUUGGAAGUACAAUUCAAGAUUUGCGAGUCACUGUCGACGGGUUAAAAGAGACUGAAACUAAAUUGCAACAUAUUCUUCAACAAAAUAUUACUAAUAUAAAGGCAACGCUGGAUGAAUUAACAAAAGUAACACAGAAAUUAACAAUGCCCACAAAUGAAUCAAAAGUUAAAACCGAAGAAUUGAGUAACACAAUAUCCGAAUUAAGAAAUAAUUUAUCAUCAAUAAAUAUUACGCUUACUGCUGGUUAUCAAUGGAUCCGAGAUGAUCAGAAAAAAGAUCAUGAAUUGUUGGUUUCAUUACAAGAUACCACACAAAAUGCGAGUAUGAAAGUAAUGUCUUUAGAAACAGAGUGCGCUAAAGUUAAUGAGCAAACGAGUAUCAUUAAUUCUGUUAAAAAAUUAACUGAUGAGAUAAAUAUCGUACGAUCAGUUGAUGUUAAUUUAACAAGUCGUAUAGUGCAAUUAGAGGAUUCAUACAAUAAUUUAAAAAAUUCAACGGAUAAAUUAUUGACACUGAAUAGCAAAACUCAAGAACAAGAUGUUAAUGCUACUGAUAAAAACAAUAAUAAUAAUAAUGAGCAAACAAUAACAGAUGGAUUACCACAUUAAUAAAAUCGCAAUAAUAAUUUAUAAAUAUCAAAAGUGAUAAUUGUUUAAUGAGCGUAAAAAAAAAUUAAUUGAUAAGAGUUGAAUUACUGGUAAAGAGAUAUAUAAUUAUAAUUACAAUUAACGAUAAAAAAUAAAAAAGUAAACUGAUGUAUUAUAGAAAUACGAAAAAUAAGUAUUAUUGUGUAUUUGUAUAUAUUUAUUGAUAAUUAAUUGUCAUUAUUUAGUUGAUACUUUAUAUUAAUAUAUGAAAAACAAAAAAGAACUAACGCACGAUUUUAUUGAAAGUGUCGACAGUUUAAUCAAAUGAACUUUCAAAUGCGCAAUUAUAUUGUGAAUAAUUAAAUGUCUGUGUGAUUGUGCCCGAAUAAAUUAGAUAUUUAAUUAAUUAAGUACUUAAAAGGAUCUUUAUUAAUUUGU